AUGCAGGGGCAGCGGCGAGAGCUCGAGGUCGUGGCGCAACCGCUGGCGGCGCUGCGCUUUGCUGCAGGCCGCUUUGGCCUCGCUCUCGUGGGUGCCUCACGCGUGCUGGAUGGCGCGGUAAACCUCGUCGCGACAUGCGCGGCGUGGCUGGCCCGGGCGGACGGGGCGGCCCGGCGAGCCUCGUGGAUGCCGCACCGGCCACACGGAGCUGAGGCUGCGGCCGCAACUGGCGGCCCGGCGGUGUCGGCGGCGCCGGCGCGACCCUCGCCCACCGCUGCCAGCGAUGCGAAGGGCGGCGUGUCGGUGGCGGCCGAAGACGCGUCGGGUGCCAACAAGUGGCUGCCGCCGAGCUUCCGAGAGGCGGCCCGAAAGUAG